AUGCUCGCGUCUCGUCUCGUACUGGUGGUCCAGCUGCUCAGUUGGGUCCGGAUGAUCCCCGCAUUCCAGGUGCGUCUGAAUGACGCCGGCCAGAUCGUGGCGACCCUGGAGACUUCCGACCUCCGAGAGAACGUCUCCGCGUACGCGGCGCGGAUCUCCGGGGAACCUCGACCCGUGGUGAUCCGCUUCGGGGGGGCCGGCGAGCCCCUGCUGUUCAACGCGACCUUCCACGGCCUGCUCUACAGCGUGGGGCUGCUGCUGGAACGAGGAGCGCUGUGGUCCAAACCCAUCAAGACCGUGUCCGUCCUGACGAGGCCGCUUCCUGUGAGCGGAGUGCAGAUUUCCGACUACAAAGAAUCUCCCGAGACCGGCGUGGUGUUCGACAUUGACACGGCGACCGGAAACAUUUUCAGCAGAGUCAACAUCAGCUACAGUGAGGGAAGCGAGAGCCGCUCCAUCCUCUACAAAGAUUUCCACAAGGGGAAGACUGUGUUCAAGCACUGGCUGCCGGGGGUGUGCUACCACAACAUCACCUUCCAGCCAAUCGCCGAGGCCAGCGCCUACCAGAUGGCCAUGAGGACGCGGAGUGACAUCGUCCACAUGCCGACGCGUCACAGGAUGGGUACGACGGCUAAACCCCCAUCUCGGGACUUUCGCACAGUCCAGCCAGAACCUCAAAGUUUCUUCUUCACUGCAGUGCCGUAUCCCCCCCUCAACAUCUCGUGGAAGAUCGUGGACUUGAGCCAAAGCCCGACACAGGAAAGCCAACGCGCCGACCGACGUUCCCGCGAUGUCCCACCGGUGGAAGAGGAGGCGGUAAACCCCUCUGAGGAGCCGCCGGCGGCUUCCAAAGAGGAAGCGCGGAACAACCCGAGCUCCACCACAGACGGCCACAACCACCGGUCGGACUCCGCCACCGAGGCCCCCGCCGACAGGGAGGACGAGUUUGUCAACGGCGAGGUGCACGAGUAUGAGGACUCCAACGACGUGGGGUCGGCGAUGGGUCUCCCUGCAGAGUCUUUGGUCCUGCCAACUAAGAUGCCGCCCGUCCUGCUGGAGGUGCGCUGGAUGCCCCCCAGAGCGCCCACUAGCUACGACGGCUUCAACGUCUACGUUCGCAGAGACGGUGACGCCACGCAAACAGCCAGCGUGGACGAAAGCACUCACGAGUUCUUCAGCGAGCUGACCGAGGCGGGAACGUACAGCGUCAGGGUCACCACGCUCAGCACGGCGGGAGAUUGCGAGGCCAGAGAGAGCGCCACAGACGCCGGCUUCACCUUCUACCUCGGUCCCGACGGCGAGGUUCUGGGUGAGCUGCGGCAGCGUCCGCAGGCCGUCACGGUGCGAUUGCUGGACUCCAGCACGGCCGCCGUGUCCUGGGCGCCGUCCUCGGAGCCCCACGACGGCAGACUGGUGUCGGUGUUGUCCACCACCUGCCUGAAGCCCCCCCUGAGCCAGAGGAUGGAGAGCAACUACUGCACGGAGGAAAACUCGACCAGCGACAUCAUCACUAACCUGACACCGGGGGCUCAGUACCGGGUGGUGAUCUAUCACACCAACGGACCCCUGAUCAGUCCUCCCUCAGAGCCGGUCAUCAUGGAUAUCGAGCCCACGGGUGUCAAUCAGCUAGCCGUGUAUCCGCUGAGCCCCACGGCGGUCAUAUUGAGCUGGCAGCGUCCGUAUCACGUGGCCUUCCGCAAAUACGUCCUCCAGACCUUCUUCUUCCACCCGGCCACCUUGAGAUCCGAGUGGACCACCUACUACGAGAUCGCCGCCACCGCCUCUGCCAUCGCGUCGGUGAGGGUAACCGAUCUGCUGCCGGCUUGGUACUAUAACUUUCGCGUUACCAUGGUGACCUGGGGUGACCCGCCGCUCAGUUGCUGCGACAGCUCCACUACCAGCUUUGUGACAGCUCCGGAGGCGCCUCACAUCUCCUCAGUGAAUUACUCCCAGGGCGUGCUCUACGUUCACUGGGCGUACAGCGAAGAUUUUGUGGACCUGUCGCACUCCAGGAUCACCCACUGGCAGGUGGUGGCGGUCGGCAAGAAAGGUCCAGAGAGGAGCUACUCUGCGGAUGUGACUCGAAACAAGAUGCGGGCCAGCCUGCCUCUGCCGCCCGGCGACAUCUACAACCUGACCGUGACGGCGUGCACGGAGCGCAGCCGGAACGCCUCCCUCCCCAGCAUCCUGAAACUGGAACCGGCUCCUCCCAGGUCCGUGUACGCCGUCAACGCCACGCACUCGUCGGUGACUCUGCUGUGGAGCGAGGACGGCGUCGUGGACCACUACCAGGUGGUCUGCAAACUCAGCUCGGGUGGUAAAGAGCUAAAGGCUCGGGAGCCUCAGCUGUCGAGCUCGCACGUGCUCACCGUUUCCGGCCUGAUGCCCUCGUCCAACUACAACUGCAGCGUGGUCAGCUUCAGCUACGGCACGCCCAGCAAGCCCGCCCACAUCACCGUCACCACUGCUGCCAAAGAGAUGAACCCCAGCGUGGCCGCCAUCUCGGCCUUGGCCGUUCUGAGUCUCCUGCUGCUGGGCCUGCUGUUUCUCUUCCUGCUGCUUCUCCGCAAGAAGCACCUGCAGAUGAGCAGGGAGCGCGGCGCCGAGACCUUCGUCAAUUUUGCCUCCUUCGAAAGAGACGGGAAGCUGCCUUACAACUGGCGAAGAAGCCUCUUUGCCUUCCUUACCCUACUGCCAUCCUGCCUUUGGACUGACUAUCUUUUGGCUUUUUAUAUUAAUCCCUGGGGCAAGACGGCCUUGAAGAAACGCAAGCUGACGAGCCCCGUGCGGCUGGACGACUUUGACGCCUACUUCAAGGAGAUGAGCAAAGACUCGGCCUACAUGUUCUCGCUGCAGUUUGAGGAGCUGAAGAGCGUGGGACUGGACCUUUCCCACGAUGCGGCCGACCUGCCCGUCAACAGGCCCAAGAACCGAUACACCAACAUCCUGCCCUACGACUUCAGCCGCGUGCGCCUCAUCUCCAUGUACGACGACGAAGGCGCCGACUACAUCAACGCCAACUACAUUCCCGGCUACAGACGCCCCCGAGAAUACAUCGCCACGCAAGGCCCGCUGCCGGAGACCCGCAACGACUUCUGGAAGAUGGUCCUCCAGCAGAAGUCCCCCCUGGUGGUCAUGCUGACGCAGUGCAACGAGCGGCGGAGGGUCAAGUGCGACCACUACUGGCCGUUCGGCGACGAGCCCGUCACGUACGGCGAAAUCAGCGUGGAGAUGCUCUCGGAAAACCAGUCGCCCGAGUGGACCGUCAGGAAGUUCAGGCUCGGAUACGCGGACGAGAGCCGGGACGUCCUCCACCUGAACUACACGUCGUGGCCGGAUCACGGCGUUCCCACGGUGAACGCCAUCGAGAGCAUCCUGCAGUUCGUCCACAUCGUGCGGCAGCACGCCAACAGGACCAAGGACCCCGUCGUGGUCCACUGCAGCGCCGGCGUGGGCCGAACGGGCACCUUCAUGGCUCUGGACCGUCUGAUGCAGCACAUCCGGGAGCACGAGUUCGCCGACAUCUUGGGGAUGGUGUCGGAGAUGCGCUCGCACCGCCUGUGCAUGGUCCAGACGGAGGAGCAGUACGUCUUCAUCCACCAGUGCGUCCUGCUCAUGUGGCAGAAGAAGAAGCAGCAGCAGCAGUCGCUGGCCUCGGCCGUCGUUUACGAGAACGCCGGCAAGACAUAACG